AACCCCUUCAAACUUAUAUAAUCUAAAUAAGAGACAAACUCUUGCUAAAAAUUUAACGUUGCUGAACAUCCGAGCAGGGAUCAAACUCAUAAUCUUGGAAAAUAAAAAAAAUUGUUCAAACUUGAAAAAUAAUUAAUUUUGUGUUUAUUUUUUUGACAGGUUUGUGUCUGUUUGUUUAAGCGCGUUCGGUUCGUAUUUUAGAACAAAAAUUUGUUAAAACUAAUACUCAUUUUCUCUCCCUCCGGUUCGCUAUUGAUGUCUCUGUAACUGAAACCAAACGAAACGAACAGUUCCAAAUAUCAUAAAUUCUACGGUUCUUCCGAUUUCUCUCACUUUCCAGAACACGAGUCGACAGAGGACUCCGGACCUGAUAUAAAAAGGCAUCCCCCAAGAAAAUGAUGAAGAAAAUGAGUGUCCAAUAUCACGUCGGAUAGUGAUUGAUAUGGGGAAGGAGAGUCAGAACCUCAAGGAUUCCGCUGUUGCAGACAGUAACAUGGUCGUAGGCAAAGAGACCGAUUGCACAAGCGCCAAUGCCUGUCCUGUUGGCCCUAGUCCGAUGGAAAUCAAUGAUGAAUGUCAGACUUCAAAUAUUACCAAUGAAGACAAACUUCAUAUUGAUGUCGAAAGAGCACAGCUGUGUCAGAACCCCGAUGCUACCUCUAUAUCAGUGACCGAUACUGAUGUAACAAAUGAGGAGGAAAUAUAUGUGGCACCAAAUUUUGGCAUGGAGUUUAAAUCAGAAGAGCAUGCUUACAAGUGUUAUAACAAUUAUGCUGUUAUGAAAGGUUUCAGCAUAAGAAAGGAUUUCAUCAACAAAAGUAGGGUAGAUGGUUCAGUGGUGUCCAGAAGAUUCACCUGCCAUAGACAGGGUUUUCGGUCUAAUAAAGAUUAUAAAAAUCCGAAGAAUAUCCAGCAGGAAACAAGGACUGGUUGCUUGGCACAUAUGACUAUUUCUCGUCAGCCAAAUAGCAAGUUUCGUGUCACUAGUUUUGAAACAGAACACAAUCAUGAGUUUGUAACACCCUCUGAUGCUCAUAUGUUGCCGUCACAGAAGAAAUUGAGUUUUGCUCAAGCUGUCGAAGUGAACAUCACUGGGUCCACUUUGGAUGGGGUACCAAAAUUGGGAAUGGGAUUUGAUUCCGAGGAGCAUGCAUAUGAAUUUUAUAAUACGUAUGCUGCACAAGUAGGCUUCAGUGUGAGAAAAGAUUAUGUAAAUAGGAGUAAAGUUGAUGGCGCUGUAGCAUCAAGAAGGUAUACUUGCUUCAGAGAAGGUUUUCGGCAGAAAGAGAAACGAGAUAAGAAUGUAAAGAGACCUCGGAAGGAUACUAGAAUUGGAUGUUUAGCACAACUGAUUAUUUCUCGUCAGCCUGAUGGCAGGUAUCAUGUAACUCAUUUUGAAGAAAAACACAACCAUGAGCUUGUUGCUGCAUGUAGAGUCCAUAUGUUAAGAUCACAGAAGAGAUUAGCUGCAACUCGAGUUGAAGAUAAUAUCGUAGCUGGAUGCAGUGCGCUGCCAAAGCCUGCCUCUGCAUCCAACUGCAGGACAGUUGAAGAUUUUCAUGAUUUAGAUUAUGAUCCUGUGGAUUGUGAAUAUCAACUACCUUUCAAAUGUACAAGAGAAAUAAAAGAGGACGAAAUCGAAAAGAUUAGGCACUACUUUCAAAGCAAGAAAGCAAAGAAUCCUUCUUUCUUUUAUGCUUUCCAGCUUGAUGCCACAAAUCAAAUAACUAAUAUCUUUUGGGCUGAUGAAAAGAUGAUAGUUGACUACAGUGAUUUUGGUGACGUUGUUUGUUUUGAUACGAGUUAUAAAUUUUAUAAGGACUCACGCCCGUUUGCUCCAUUUCUCGGUAUAAAUAAUCACAGGCAAAUGAAUAUCUUCGGGGCAGCACUUCUAUAUGAUGAAUCUGUGGAAUCUUUUAAGUGGCUGUUUCACGUUUUCAUUGAGGCUAUGUCUGGAACCAAGCCAAAGACAAUCCUAAGAGACCAAGAUGCAAUAAUAGCUGAAGCUAUUAAUUCCAUAUUACCUCAAACAAAGCAACGAGUUUGUGUUUGGCAUGUCUACCAAGAUGCCCUCAAGCAACUGAGUCAUAUGUCUGUUGAAUCCGAUUCUUUUGUAAAUGAUUUGAGCUGCUGCUUUUUUAAUCACGAGGAAGAAGUGGAUUUUAUUGAUGCAUGGAAUGCUCUCAUGAUCAUUUAUAAUCUGUGGGACAACGAAUGGUUGCGUCGAAUAUAUGAAAGCAGAGACCAAUGGGCCAUAGCUUACAGAAGACACAUUUUUUGUGCCGAUAUCGCAAGCUUGCUCAUGCGAGAAAAUCUUAUUGGCAGCUUGAAAAAGCACCUAAAGAAUGACUCAAGUGUUAUUCCAUUUCUCAAGCAUCUUGGGAAGAUGGUGACCGAUUGGCACUACAAGGAAUUAGAAUCUAAUUAUGACACAAGCCGGCAUAUGCCAGCCCUAAUGGGCGAUAUCGUUACACUAAAGCAUGCAAGAGAUCCAUAUACACCAAAGAUAUUUGAGUUAUUCCAAAAAGAAUAUGAAGCAUGUUUAAAUCUAGUGCUAAAGCCUUGCAGUGAGAGUGGUUCGUUGUAUAAUUAUAAAGUUAGCAUAUAUGAACAAGUCCGAGAGUAUAUGGUUACUUUCGAUUCGUCUAAUGAGACUGUUAGUUGCAGCUGUAUGAAGUUUGAGUGUGUGGGAGUCUUGUGCUGCCAUGCAUUAAAAGUUCUUGAUUAUAGGAACAUAAGGAUAGUUCCAUCCAAGUAUAUCUUAAAGAGAUGGACAAAAGAUGCUAGAGUUUGAGCUUUCGAUUUGGAGGCAGAUUUGAACAUGUCAUUAGAAGACUUUUAAUUAACCAAGGCACAUGAUUGCCAUUUUUUGCAAUUUUUUUGUAAUCUCACUACUGAUAGAAGGCAGCAUUUUAUUUGCUGAAAAACUUGAAGGUUGAUAGAAAAUGGCAACCUGUGUAUUUAUUUUAUUAUAAAAUUGAACAUUUUGUAGUAUCUCUUGGCAAUCAUACAUUUUGUUUUUGCAGUGUACAAUCACUUUGCAAUAGAAUUUGUUCUUAAGGUGAUGCUUUUGGGGAGUCAUGUUUGAUUUUUCAACCAAUUUCUUUUAUUUGUUUUACUAUCAUUUUAUUUUACAUAUGUAUUUUUUACAUGCUUUGUAACAAUUAUUAGAUUUGGAUGUAGAUUUUGUUAUAAACUCCACCCAUAAUUCUAAUCUGUGCAUUGUACAGUUCUAUAACUUACGAGUUCAGAAGUACAAGAUAACUUCCGAUGUUGCACACGUAAACGAUGUUGCACUUU